AGUCCCCACAUCAACACCAGGGUAGGGACGCUGCGCGCCGUGGGUCGGCUAUUGAACUUUUAGAUGGACUGUGUCCAUUAGGUUCUCGGAAUGAGGUCGAUUGAGUGAAGAAUAUGGAAAUGUUCAAUCCUCCGCCAGAGCGCAUCAUGCUUCCUCCUAGUCCCACCGAUUCGAUCGAAUCAGUGUCCUCCGUGGCAUCCGACCCUCCCGUCGAAAAGGCUGGAGAUACUACCGACCGCCCAGAGGACGUCAUGAUCACCUUGUCUCUCAGCCCGAACCGGCCAGCCAACCCCCCGAGUCGGUUGCCCUUCACACGCGCUCAUUUUCGGUCGCGAUCCUUGGCUGGGGUCCCCAGCGUACCGCCGAUGACCCGGGCGCAUUCGUCCCCCGGCCUGGACUCGCGGGGGAGAUAUAUUUUCGUCACGGGUCGCGGAGCUUCAGAGAAUGCGCUUGAUUCUCCGGCAAAGCGUCACUUUCCCUUGCAAGCCACACCCGAGGAGUAUCCUUAUCACGAGGCGAGGACGACCCCUCUGAACAUUUCCGAGACAAUCUCGGAGCACGCUGAACUCGACAUCACCAUGAGUGGGAAUCCGACGCCAGGUGAAUCGCCCACCACCACCCCUUUGCCCCGUCUGGGUCGUCGUCGCCCAUCAUCCCCUCUACAUUUCUAUCCGUCAGCUAGCCAGUUUUCGGGCAGUCCGUCGUCCGGGUAUCCUCCCUCAAUCAUACUCAACUCAAGAUACAACGAGAGCUUUCCAGGGUAUUCAACGUCGUCGGCCUCCUCCAUGCCCUCGACCCCCACCAGCCUCCGCUCGCGUAGCCCUAGUAUAUCAUCGUUGGAAACCAUCCCGGAUAUUCCCGAUGCGGAGGCAGAGGCGGACGAAGCAGAUCAGAUCGCAGCCUUGAAAUUGGCAGCGGACACGGAAGAUGAAGCUGAUGCGACGGGCAACGGAAACAGAAGGCGUGGGACUUCUGAUCUAUCGGGCCCUUCAAACUCCUUCUCGGGCCUACGGGCCGGGUCAGGAGGCUACGGUGUGAGGGGUGAUAAGAGGAAGCGUUGGAGUGUCUGCGGGGCCGAACGUCGUCAGGACCUUGAUCUAGAAACUAUUUGGGAAGACUGAAAUGGGCGGUUCCAAAUGAACAUCUCAAUGCCCUGUCACCCCAUUGGGACCGACAAAACCACGGUCUCUACAACGUCUGCGCUGGAUUGUUUCAAUAUUCGUCCUCAAGCUCAAGCUCGGUGUCGGCUUCACCCUUGUCAGCUGAUGUCGAGCAAUGACUCUGUUUUCGCGCGUAUACGUGAAAGUUAACCGCUGUCUCUCGGCUCUGUACUCUGCCUUCGGGCUGUACUGUACCGCCCUUGGCUUGUUCUACG